GAUUCCCCUCUUCAACAACUUCCGCUUUUCUCUUUUCUGUUCUAACAAGUCCUGGUUUGUCUGAGUAGCAGACAUGGCGGCUUCAUCAAGCUGCUCAAUGCCAUGGACUUGCUCAAAAAUCUCACCCAAAAUCACCAAUAAAUCUAUUAGGUUACCAAUUUCUGAUUCAAUGAGGAGUUUCAGUAGUAAUUGUUCAAAGAUUAAAACAUCAUCAUCUCCCCUUUUCUUAGUAGAAAAUAGGUUUCAGAAGAAAAAAAUGCAAUUAUUUUGUGUUAAGAGUGAAGGUUUUAUUGAUGGAUUGAUUUCUGAUAAAGAAAUUGAAGAUGAUCCUAAAUUAGCUAAAGAAGAAGAUGCACGAUUUGUUCGGUGGUUUCAUGAAGCUUGGCCUUAUUUUCAAGCUCAUCGUGGAAGUACUUUUGUUGUUGUUAUUUCUGGAGAGAUCACGGAAAGUGAACAUUUAGAUGCUAUUCUCAAGGAUAUAUCUCUUCUUCAUGGUUUGGGAAUAAGAUUUGUUCUAGUUCCUGGGACACAUGUUCGAAUUGACAAGCUUUUGGCUGAGAGAGGAAGUAAAGCCAAGUAUGUUGGUCCAUACCGAAUCACAGACAAGGAUUCCUUAGAGGCAGCAAUGGAGGCAGCUGGGAGAAUUCGGCUUGAAAUAGAAGCAAAACUUUCUCCUGGACCAUCUAUUUGCAACAUUCGCCGUCAUGGUGAUAAUAGUCGUUUGCAUGACGUUGGUGUUAGUGUUGCAAGCGGCAAUUUUCUUGCUGCAAAGAAAAGAGGAGUUGUCGAAGGGACUGAUUAUGGGCAUACUGGUGAAGUGAAAAAAGUGGACGUUUCUCGCAUGCGUGAAAGGCUUGAUGGAAAUUGUAUAGUUAUAUUAAGUAACAUGGGCUAUUCCAGUUCCGGAGAAAAUUUAAAUUGCAACACUUAUGAGGUUGCGACCGCCUGUGCUUUAGCUAUCGGAGCAGAGAAACUAAUUUGCAUCGUCGAUGGCCCGAUUCUUGAUAAAUGUGGACGUCUUGAACGUUUCUUGACUCUUGAAGAUGCUGAUAUGUUGAUCAGAGAACGAGCUAAGCAAAGUGAAAUUGCGGCUAAUUAUGUCAAGGCUGUAGAUGAAGAAGAUAGCUCUUGUUCCGAGCAUUCCGGUUCCAAUGGCAUUUAUUCUCCUCAGAGUAUUAGAGGUUUCGAAGAAACCUAUAAACCAAUAUUUCAGAAUGGCGUUGGUUUUGACAACGGGAACGGACUAUUGUCUGGUGGUCAGGGAUUCGCCAUUGGAGGCGAGGAACGUUUGAGCAGAGAAAACGGCUACUAUUCCGAGUUGGCUGCUGCUGCUUUUGUUUGCAGAGGAGGUGUUCAAAGAGUUCAUCUAAUAGAUGGCACCAACGGUGGUGCUCUGUUGUUAGAGUUAUUCAAAAGAGAUGGAGUGGGGACCAUGGUUGCAAGUGAUGUUUAUGAAGGAACCCGGAUGGCUAUGAAGAUGGAUCUCCCUGGAAUAAUACAGCUUUUAAAACCUUUGGUAAAAGCUGGAACAUUGAUUGAAAGGACAGAAGACCAGCUACAAGAAGCUUUGGACUCGUUCAUCGUGGUGGAGAGAGAUGGUUCAAUCAUUGCUUGUGCUGCCCUUUUCCCUUUCUUUAAAGAAAAGUGUGGAGAAGUGGCUGCUAUUGCCGUUUCUCCUGAGUGUCGUGGUCAUGGACAAGGAGACAAACUGCUUGAUUACGUUGAGAAGAAGGCAGCAUCCCUUGGUUUGGAAAAGCUUUUUCUGCUUACCACCCGAACUGCGGAUUGGUUCGUGAGACGUGGGUUCUCAGAGUGCUCAAUUGGGGCUAUUCCAGAGACGAGGAGAAAAGUGAUCAAUCUAUCCCGCGGAUCAAAGUAUUAUAUGAAGUGGCUACAACCAGAUCGUAGUGGUAUCACUGUCGACAGUGCCGGCUUGAAACGGUUGUCGGGAUUCAAUGGAAGCUCAACUUGACUGUCUUUGAUAUAGUUAUUGACACUAUUACUCAUCGUCCUAGUGCGCCAGAAGCUAGCUCUACCCCAGGUUGAAUAAAGCCUUCAUUGCUGUGUUUAUUGACACUCAAUGAUGUUAAAAAGCCAAAUCUGGCACUAAUGUAAAACGUAGCAUAGUUUCUAAUGAAUUGUAUGACUGAGUAGCUUCGGAAUCAAUAAAGCUAACAAACUUGUUGAAAAGGCUGAGCUCGUGUUUAACA